CCCUCCUGGCGCCUGGGCCGCCUCGCCAGCCCAUGGAGGCGGCGGUGGAGACGGAGAAGCGGCGGCAGCCAGUCCCGCCGCCGGCGGUGGCCGGGGCUCGGGUCUCCCGGCCGGAGAUGCUGCUGCCGCUGCCGCCCGGGAACCGGCACCGGAGCCAGGCUCGCCGGAGAAGGAGGGAGCUGCUGCUGGCUCGGCUCUGCCUCGUGGGCUCGCUCACGCUGCUCCUGGCUUCCCUCUCCAGCUGGGCUGGGCGAUCCGGUUAUGAUGUCUUGAGCUAUCCUGUGGAAACUUACGAUAAGUGGAGUGGGAGGAGGCUGCUGCAGGCAACAGAGGACAAUGCCACUGAGAUCCCAGAGGAGACAGAAAAUCGAUAUAUCAAGAACUGCACUGAACCAGCUCUCCAUGAAUUCCCCAGCGACAUCUUUACAAAUGAGGACAGAAGACAUGGAGCUGUAGUCCUGCAUGUCUUCUGUGCCAUGUAUAUGUUCUACGCUUUGGCAAUUGUCUGUGAUGAUUUCUUUGUCCCUUCAUUGGAAAAGAUUAGUGAACGCCUGCAUCUUAGUGAAGACGUGGCUGGGGCAACUUUCAUGGCAGCUGGAAGCUCCGCUCCUGAGUUGUUUACAUCUGUUAUAGGUGUUUUUAUCACAAAAGGAGACGUAGGAGUCGGAACCAUUGUUGGCUCUGCCGUAUUCAACAUUCUCUGUAUAAUCGGGGUGUGUGGCCUUUUCGCAGGACAGGUGGUUGCACUGUCAUCGUGGAGUCUGCUGCGAGAUUCAACCUAUUACACACUGUCUGUUGUUGCACUCAUUGUGUUUAUUUAUGAUGAAAUCGUUUCUUGGUGGGAGUCCCUCGUCCUAGUACUGAUGUACUUCAUUUACAUCCUGAUCAUGAAGUUUAAUUCCUCCAUACAUCACUGCUUUGAAAGGAAGACAAAAAACGCUGCAAAUAUGGUGAACGGAUUAGCAAAUAACACAGAAAUGGAUGAUAACAGCAAUUGUGAUGCCACCGUGGUAUUACUAAAGAAAGGUAACUGUUCCAGGAAUUUCCGUCGUAAAGCCUCGGUGAUCAUGGUGGACGAGCUGCUGUCUGCCUACCCACACCAGCUUUCCUUCUCUGAGGCUGGGCUCCGGAUAAUGAUCACCAGCCAUUUCCCUCCCAAAACCCGUCUCUCCAUGGCCAGUCGCAUGUUGAUCAACGAGAGGCAAAGGCUGAUAAACAGCAGAGCCUACACCAAUGGGGAAUCGGAAGUGGCUAUCAAAAUUCCUAUCAAGCACGCCCUGGAGAACGGGACAGGCCCCAGCAACUCCACUGAAAGGGGCGUGAAUGGGACCCGAAGAGACGAGGACAUGGCUGAGGCUGGAAAUGAGACCGAGAAUGAGGACAAUGAGAACAACGAGAAUGAUGAGGAAGAGGAGGAAGAGGAGAAUGAUAAUGAUGGACCUUACACUCCUUUUGACCUACCCUCUGGCAAAAUGGAAAUCCUGAAGUGGCUGUUCACCUGGCCACUAAGCUUCCUUCUGCACUUCACAGUGCCCAACUGCAACAAGCCCUACUGGGAAAAAUGGUUCAUGGUCACCUUUGCUUCCUCUACCCUCUGGAUUGCAGCCUUAUCCUACGUGAUGGUGUGGAUGGUUACGAUCAUUGGCUACACGUUGGGUAUUCCAGAUGUGAUCAUGGGUAUCACAUUCCUGGCAGCUGGCACCAGCGUACCGGACUGCAUGGCUAGCCUUAUAGUAGCAAGACAAGGCAUGGGGGAUAUGGCUGUGUCGAACUCCAUUGGAAGUAAUGUUUUUGACAUUUUAAUUGGCCUGGGUCUCCCAUGGGCUCUGCAGACUCUAGCAGUGGAUUAUGGUUCAUAUAUCCAGUUAAACAGCCGAGGACUUAUCUAUUCCGUUGGCUUGCUGCUGGCAUCAGUUUUUGUCACCGUACUUGGUGUCCACAUGAACAAAUGGAAGCUGGAUAAGAAGCUGGGAAUUGUGUGCCUUUUCCUGUACGGCAUCUUCUUAUGUUUCUCCAUCAUGACAGAAUUCAAUGUUUUCACUUUUGUGAACUUGCCGAUGUGCAGAGAUCACUGAUCCAGGUGGCAGACUGUCGAGAGGUACUUCCUUCUUACCUGUGCAAUACAAAACACGGCUGGCAUCUCCAGAACACGGUGCACCCGACGGUCGUGAAAUAUAUCCUGCUCACUGUUCAUAGGAUUCUCCUCCCAUCUCGGUUUACCCUCUUCCGACCCCGAAACCUGGAAAAAUCCUGCAUCGAUGUGAAGAUAAUUUUUUUUUUCAACAUUAAUGUGAUUUCCAAGUUCAGUUUUUGAACAGUGACUGGGAUUCUAAAAGAACUGGCUGCUAUCUGGCGUUGAGCCAGGCAAAACUGGUCUGCUACAAUUCCUUCCUUUUUAAGUUAUUUGGUGGAAGACUAAUCUAAUUUAUGAUUUAAGACUAUUGCGAGAAUGCAGAAGAAGAGGGUACAUUGUAUAUGGGGUGUUUUUCAAGCAGAACUGUGGGAAUCUUUUAUUUUUAUUUUUUUCAGAGAUCAACAGCCUCUCUUUGCAACUUCUUCUGAGCGCUGGAUUUCGUGUAAUGAUCCAAAGGUCACAAGUGCAGUGUAUUGUGGGAACUCAAUUUGAAAUACUCAGCAUAUGAGUGGAUUGACUGUUUAUUAAAAAAAAUGACUGGCAAGGCAGUGGAUAACAACUUUAUACUAUGAUUAACGCAUCUCUUAAAGGUGUUGUAAGGAAUGCAAGGUGAACAUGGAUUCAAAGGGUAAACACUGCUACCAUUUUCAUUAUUAAUGUCAGAGUUUUAUUGCUAGGUUAUUUAUAUGUCCUAGGUUAUAAGCAAUGGUUUAGGACUGCCAGCCUCACGAGGACUAACGAGGAGGGGUCCUGGUUUUUAAUGAUCCACACAUUGCGAUGCAAGGUCAGAAGCUUCAGAGGAUCAUCCAACUUCUUGUAGCUUUUUGGGGGAGUGUGUAGUUUUAUGUCUUUUUCGUUGUGAGAGGGACAUAAGCACAGUCACACAUUCUCAAAAUGAGUUGUAGACACUGGUUUCUUUAAAAGGAAAGAGGCAUAUUUUGCACCGACAUUGUUACUGAAGUCAUAAUUUGCCACUCUUUAAAGAAUACACUGGACCUGGCCAAAAAUUUUUACAGCUGAACUUACCUGAUAUCAGAUUGUUGUGAAUUUAUUCCACCUCCUUCUGGAGGAAGAAAGAGAGAGAGAGAGAGAAAUGGCACUUUUAAAAUGCAGAAUAUCUUUAAUGCAGAUUCACUCACAAAUCUAAGUUAUGAUGAAGGUUUUGCCAUUCGCUGUUCUAACAGACCUGCAAGGUUUUGUAUAAUACUGUAUUAAUAUGCAGGCAAAUUCCACUACAUGAGGAACAGCUAUGAUUGCCACAUUUGUAUGUAUUGAAAUUGUGGAUUCUUGCCAGUGCUGGCUGUUGUAUUUACUUUAAGCAUCGAUCACUUCUGAUUCAUUUGGUAUGGUUUUUUCCUCUUCCUUGUAUAUGUUCUUCUAUGAAGCGUAAUAAGAUACUACCAACAAGGUGAAUGUUUUUGUCUAUGGUACAGACAGUGGCCAAUAUUGGUAGACAGGACACAACAAAACAGGGCCCUAAGAGAAAAAAAAAAAUCUGAACUAGCGGAAGAAAAACAGUUCAGAGUGAAGACCAGUUUAGCAACUCAUUUGCACUUGAUUAUUUAAGAUUAAUUCUCUUCGGACAAAUAAACGUUUCCCAUCUGUGAUCUCCAUUCGACACAGCACGUUACUUUCUAUCCUUUUCACACGGAACAAGCGAAAAUACAAGUUUAUCAGGCAAGUUCCAUGGAAAGUUGCUGCACAUCCACCUUGGGUAAAAGCAGACUGGUGGGUCUCUGGAGGAAAGUAGGUGUGAAGACAGAGCAGAUGUGGAUAAAGGGGAGAGAAAAGAGGGGCUCCAUUUUAUAUAUGUGUUACUAUUUUCUUCAGGAACAUAACUGUGAUCCCACUUGUUUCGCUAAGCAGCAUUCUAAGAACAGCAUGCUAAGAACUACACCAUAUGGAAAUUCCAUUGCAUUAGAAAUCCCCAUUGUACCUUCUUAGUGUGUUUUUAAUUAAUAAUAACCACUCAAAUGUCUCAAAAGACUUCCUUAAAUUAAAAAAUAGGAGCAUGAUGUGAUACAUUUCAAUAAAUUCCAACCUUGAGGACAGUUAUAAGCUUAUAACAAGAUAUCGUAGCUCCUAAGCUGAAUCUUUCCUUACUCACAGAAGAGACAAUAUUUGGAAAAAAAAAAAAGUUUCACAUCAGGGCCUAUUAUUAUUUCUAUUUUGAAUAUUUAUACUGCUGCUCCAAUGGAGCCAGUUGGAUCUAUUUCUACGAAAUAGCCAUUAUCUAUCCCAUGGCACAAAAACUGCAUGACUGGUUUUUUAGGAACUUUUCCUGUUGACGUACAUCAAAUACUGUAGUAUCGCAGCUUUGCAUUGUAUGUGUAUCCUGAACUUUGUGCAUUUUGCAAGAAUAUUCUGAAAGUUGCUCAUUCCAAGUGUAAGCAAAGAGGUAUCUUAGAUGCACUGAACUGCUCUUACCUGUGCCAUAUUCUUACGAGAUGUGAUAGAAUGUUUUCUUUGAUUACCGUUUGAAUUAGAUGUACUUGUGAUCUGAAACCAAAGCACAUGAUACAAGCAUGAUUUGAAAUUGAGGGCAGGUUGAGUGUGUGAGUUCUCAUUUGUUUUUAAAAGAAAGAGCCUUUCAAACUGAUAGCUUGAUUAAAGCCCAUGGAAAAAUCUCCAAGACAAAAAUGUAAGCACUUUUCUGUGCGAAGUUUAUUCUACGAUCACUCUUCAUGAAAGGUCUCCCUAAGGCAUACAAGAAUAAGAUUGCUUCAUAUGCUGACUGAUACAGUGGGUAUUCACAGCUUUCAUUUUGUUUUCCUUCCAAGCUUCACUUUAGUUUUCCUUCCAAGCAAUCGUAGACCAUUUUUAAUGAGCAUUUCAAAGAGAGCUUAAAGAGUCUUCUCCCCAGUAGUGAACACCUCACUGCAGCUCUAACUUUUGACCUGAUUUUGUCUAGGCUGACACCAAAUAUCUGAUCCCAUAGUUUCAACUCUGUUUGACACAUGGUUAGCCCUUCCUUGACAGUGAUUAAAUGCCAAAAUCUUGUGAUGUGGGUGGUUUUAAGAGACAAAGGAAAGAUUGCUUUUGCCCUGCCAAAGUAGAAUUCUAUACCUGCAUUUUAUUAUUAUUAUUAUUAUGUUAUUUUUAAGAAAUAGUGCAUUUUUUUGUAGCUAUAGGUACCUACAACAGAAAAUAUCUCGCGUGGAGGGCAUUUACACUAGUGUGGUUUGGGAGAUUUCUGUGUUGCUCUGUUCCUUUGUGUUUGACUUUGUGUCCUGAGCUGUGUCAUAGAAGUUAGUGAAUUUGCAUGCUUUGGAUUUGUGGCUUUUGCGCCUGUGAAACAGCAAUUUAUGCUAAUUUUAAGCAUUCAAAUG